AUGAUGAUUAUAAGUGAACACGGAUACCGUACUGACGGCCGUAAAUCUCAUCAAAUUAGAAAUAUCAACUGUAGGUUAGGUGUUUAUCCUAAAGCUGAGGGAUCAGCAUACAUUGAGCAAGGAAAUACUAAAGUUCUUUGCGCAGUAUAUGGACCUCAUGAAGGUAAAAGAUCUAAGCAACUUGAAGAGCGUUGUGUUAUCAAUUGUCAAUAUAGUAUGGCGACUUUCUCUGGUAUGGAUCGUAAAUCUCGACCAAGAGGAGACCGCAAGUCAAGCGAGUUUAGUAGAUUAUUGGAGAAAGCUUUCGAAUCAGCUAUCAUAACUAGUACUUUCCCAAGAGCUCAAAUAGAUGUUUUCUUCGAAGUGAUUCAGGCUGAUGGAUCCAAUUUGGCUGCUUGUGUCAAUGCUGCCUCUUUAGCCCUUGCUGAUGCGGGAAUACCCGUGAAAGGACUUGUUUCCGCCGUCACUUGUGGUAUAGUUGAUGGUACACCAGUGGUUGACGUGAACUCCCGAGAAGAAACUGAUUUGAUGCCUAGACUGACGUUGGCAACUAUAUCAGGAGGAGAUGAUGUUAUUCUUGUUGAACUGGAGAAUCGUGUACACAUUGAUCAUUUUGCAGCUCUUAUGGAAUCUGCGAAGAAAGUGACCGCUGACGUUCAUGAAUGUCUUCAUGCCGCCAUUAGAACUCAUUUAGUAGAAUCCUCUGCUCUUCUAUAA